AGUGUACUGGACUGCAUUAUACUGAGAGGUUUUUCAAAUAUAUUGUCCACUCAAGAGGGCAAAAUACUAGAAACACCUCUCAAUAGUAAACAUAUGAUCAUCCUGUGAAAAAAGAUGGUUUGUUACAUAUGUUAAGUUCAAAUUAGCUCCACCUUGACAACAUUUAAAAUGCUGCUAAGUAAUCAUAUUCCAGUAAUGAAUGGGGCAGUUCUGUGUAAUGAAUAUGUUUACUUUAUUUACAUUUUACUAAUACUAAUGUACUUUUAUUCAAGUAAAAAUCUGAAUGCAGGAGUUUUAGUGGUAAUGUAUUGGGCGGCUGUGGUUCAGGAGGUAGAGUGGGUUGGCCGUUAAUUGGAAGGUCGGCGGUUAAGUCCCCGGCUUCCCCUGGUUGCACAUUUACAUAUUUAAACUUAUGACUUCCUUCUGACAGUGAGUGUAAUUACACAACACUGUAGACAUGCUCCUUUACACUGAGUUUCUCUAUGGUUGCUCCCCCUUCAGCUCUGGUAAUCCAACCACUGCUGGUUUGCAUAAAACACAUCACUACCAGUUCACUACGUCUAAUGAUACAAUCAAAGAAAACAGCUAACAAAUAUAAGGGAAAACUUCCCAGGGAAUUGAAUUGUGCCUUCAGUUAGCUGGAAUCUGCAUUAAAUCAUUGUUCAGCAUAAUUUCCUUUUGAUGACUCAGACAACCUUCUAUCAAUAACCACCACUAUCUUUAUUCUCCGGUUCCUUUUUCCUUCAAUAAAACGCCCCAAAAAUCUUUAAUUGUAAACUGGAGGGUUUAGGAUUUACCAAAGAAAAAGGGAAGCCUGGUGGGCUAGAGACAUUUUGCUGAGAGCAUGGCUGUGUGAACAGAAGUGUCACAACCACCUGUUACGGAAACGCCCUCAAGCACACAGGAAGCAUUGCGCAGACACAUGUCUAAAGAAACACCAGCAGCACUGUUAGCCUAGAGAAGAGUGAUGUGGAAGAUGCAGGGGCCGCGUCGCAUCUUCCUGCUCGCCUACAUGGUGGCUGUUGCCAUCCCUGUCUCUUUGGCUUUCAACAUCGAUAUAACAAAUCCUGAAGUCUAUAAUGGUUCACAAAAAGAUUUCUUUGGCUACAAAGUGCUCCAAUUCAUGUCUGGCACAGACAAAGGGCUUCUGGUCACGGCACCAUUACGGCAAAAUGGAUCUGGGGGAAUAAUCAAACCUCACCAAAACACCCCACAGUGGUUCAAACCUCAAGUAGAUUCUCUCGAAGACGCAUCGAUCAAACACCUUGGUUUGUCGAUAGCUGUAGACGCCACACACUCCCAAUUCACUGUCUGCAGCCCAAGUGUGGUCCAUGAAUGUUAUGAGAACUCCUAUCUGAACAGCGUGUGUUACAACAUCACACAAGAUCUUCAGCAAACCUCCUAUUUCAGACCUGCUUUCCAAGAAUGCACAAAAAAGACAGUGGACCUUGUCUUUCUAUUUGAUGGAUCAGGAAGUAUGACAGAAACAGAGUUCAACAAAAAUAAAGAUUUCAUAGUGGAUAUAAUGGACAGCCUUAUAAACACAUCAGUCAAGUUUGCAGCAGUUCAGUUCUCGUUUGAUUACAAGAUGGUUUUUAACUUCAAUGACUUUAAUGAAGGCAGAGCUCUCGAUAAACUUAAGAACGAACCCCAUAUGAAGAGUCUCACCAACACACACAAAGCUCUCAAAUUUGUGUUGGAGGAAAUCUUUGACAAGCCAGAUGCAGGUGCUUCUCCUGACGCAACUAAAGUUCUGGUACUAAUCACAGAUGGAGAUCCCAGUGAUACAGACAAUUAUGGGAUUAUUAAAAGAUAUAAUGAAAAACAAGUCAUUCGCUUUGUCAUUGGGGUCAAAGCUGCUAAGCUGGAUAAAUUUACAGACAUUGCUUCAGAUCCAACCGACAAAUAUGCUUUCCAAAUUGAGAACUACGACGGACUCACAGGGAUACUAGAAAAAUUUCAGAAAAAGAUCUUCACAAUGGAAGGCACCAAAGUGUCUCGGGCGGGAGAAAUGACAAAUGAAAUGUCUCAGAGUGGAUUCAGUGCUGUCUUCUACAAGGACACCUUGAUCCUGGGUUCAGUUGGAACGAAAAGCUGGCGUGGUUCUCUCGAAGAGGUUCAAGAACAAAAACAAACACAAAUUGACGAUCCACACAUGCAGAUGGACUCCUACAUGGGAUACUCUAUUUCUGUUGGAGAGAAGAGUAACGCUCCUCUAUAUUUCACGGGUGCACCAAGAUUUAACCACACGGGACAAGUCGUACUUUUCAGAAAAGAAAACAAGAACUGGAUUGCAGCCCAAAGACUAAAUGGGGACCAGAUUGGUUCCUACUUUGGUGCAGAGCUGUGCUCAGUAGAUGUCAACUCAGAUGGUAACACUGACUUCCUGCUGGUGGGAGCUCCCCUGUUUUACCAGCCUCAGGUGAAGAGAGAAGGCCAGAUCUACGUCUAUACACUGACUGAUGAGAUGCAACUGAGAAGUGAACUGAAUGUGACCGCACCUUCCAUGGGGAGAUUUGGCACCACCAUAUCCAGUCUUGCAGAUCUGAACGGAGAUGGACUCCGAGACGUCGCUGUUGGAGCCCCACUAGAGGAUGAUAACAGUGGGGCUGUUUACAUCUACCUUGGCAACAGACACCGAGGGAUACGCAGUCAUUUCAGCCAGAGAAUCAUGGGAAAGAAAGUGGAGCCUUGGAUGAGAUUCUUUGGACAGGCAAUUGAUGGGGACAUCGACCUUGGAGAGGACGGACUCCCAGAUAUUGCGGUCGGAUCACAGGGCAUGGCUGUUGUCUUGAGGUCCAGGCCUGUCUUCAAUGUUACGGCACAUCUGUCUUUUCACCCUAAGCAGAUAAGCACUGAUAAAAUUGUCUGCCCAAGCACAAAGGAAGAUUUAACAUCGACAGAGGUUGACUUAACUGUCUGCUUUGAAAUGGUAGAAGUAACAAAGAUCAAACCAGGGGUAAUGACGCCAGAACCUAAUAUCUCAUACACGCUCGGCGUGGAUCCAACGAGACAAACACAUCGAGGUCAAAUAGACAACAAAGCUUGGAUUCUUUCCGCUACCCAUAACCCGAGGGAUGAAGACAAAUGCAUCAACCACACCAUCUACAUGCCAAAAUGUGUGAAAGACACAUUAUCACCUAUCAUCAUCAAAUUAAACUUUUCCCAAGAUGACAAUGGGGGCAAAAGUGGCAUCCUGAAUGUGGACAGCAAAAGGCAGGCUGUUGUUGAGGUUCCAUUUGAAAAGACAUGUAGACUAAAUGAUACCUGUAUCGCUGAACUUGAGGUGGAUUUCAUGGCCACAAAAUUAUUGGUGGCAGAAGAUAACUUCUUCAUCCUGGAUGUAAAUCUGACUAAUCGUGGUGAUGACUCAUACAACACCAGCCUUACGAUGCACUAUCCUCCAGGCCUCUCCUUCUCUAGGAUGACUAUUGUAAAGAACACAAGACCAGCGGUCCUCAGCUGUCAUGAUCUAGAUGAGAUAUUCGACAAAACUGUAUGUGGUGUCAGCCUUCCUGUGUUCCACAGCAGAUCAGCUGCAACAUUUCGCGCUUCUUUCCGGCUCAUGAAUGACUAUAAGUGGAAUGACACAAUUUCGAUUACCAUUACUGGAGAAAGUGAAAAUGCAAACUCCACCACCAGUUCCGUGACCAAAAGCAUCCCAGUACAUUUUGAAAUAAAAAUGCAACUGACAGUGAGCGACGACACCAUCACCUAUCUGAACUUCACCACAGAGGAUUCUGAACCUAAAAAAAUGAUCGCCAUAUAUAAGGUAGAAAAUCUUGGUAUUAACGCUUUUCCUGUCAACGUGUCCCUGUUCUUCCCAACUAAACUGGAAUAUGACUUUGAAAUGAAGAACUAUCAAGUCUUUGUCCAGCAGAACAAAACUCAAUGCACAGACAUUCAUGACAAGGAAUCUGAAUACUGCUCACAAAACCAAUCCUGCAAAAUGAUCGUGUGUGACAGUUUCAUCCUUGACAAAGAAUCAUCCACUGAGUUUGUAUUGUUAGGAGAAGUACAAUUUAGGAAUCUCAAAGAGCGUGCAGCGAAUAUAGCCUUUCUUAAACAAUAUACCGGAUUCGGGGCAAUGGUUAAAUUUAAAAGCUUUAUACACGUUGACUAUGACAAGAAACGGUAUGUUCAAGAGGGGAAGUCUGAUGAAAGUGGCUCACGGAAAUACAAUGAUACAACAAAGAAAGGGAAUGAAGUUCGGAUUGACCUCAUAAUUCACCAGAAUGUACCGCUGAUCAAUGCAACUGGAUCUGUACUGGGAUUCUUACUUCUGGUCAUAAUCGCACUCAUCAUGUUUAAGUUGGGCUGCUUUAAGAGGAAAGAGAUGGGCAAUGAUGACGAAGAGGAGGAAGAAGAGCAUUGCAUCUUUACUGAAUCCACCCCCAUCAACGCGGUAGUCAACGAAUCAGAGACUGACUGCGAAGAGAAAGAAUUUCUUCAAGCAACAACAGAACUGCAGCCUAAUGAUACAAAGGAGGAACUGGAAUAAACUAUGAAAGUACCACUAUGGAAGUGGGCUGACAUAUUAUGCUCACGUUCUAAAUAAAUUCUGUCCAUUAAAUAUGAAAUUGGAUCCACGAGCUGAUAAGCUUAGCUUAGCAUAAAGACUGGUAUGGGACACUAGCCCUAACAGAAUCCACCUACCAGCCCCUUUAAAGCUCACUUUUUAUCACACGUUAUAUAUUGUUUGUGUAUAAGGAGUGGAAACCUCACAUAAAAACGAUCCACUUGCGGGAUUUUUCUAUUACCUCUGACGGCCAGUAUGCCAAAUCCUAUGUGAAGACUCUGGGUGGCAUUUUAGGUGCAUGCGCGCUCCCAAGCCUCUUGCCUGCUGCAACUGAACUGUACAGCUAGAGGUGGAAGAACUACUCAUAUAUUCAUACUUAAGUAAAAGUACAGAUACCACACAAAAAAUGUUACUCAAGUAAAAGUAAAAUUCAUCCAGUAUAAACCUACUCAAGUAAAAUCAAAAAAGUACCUGGCUUUAAGUAAUGAAAAGUAAAAAGUACUACACAUUCAAAUUUAUUGAUCUUACAAAAAGCAACCUAUCUCUUUAAAUUCACUCCAGACAGGUUUGACACAGCGUAAGUUAUAGCAAAUCACAAUAAGGAAAACUGAGUCGCAAGAGGACAAUUGGGGGGGAUUAGCCUAUUUUAUUGCUCUGCUGAUGUGGUAGUAUCUCCUUCAGACCGUCUGACAGACACAGAAACCUGUUUGGGACUUUGGGUAUGUGAGAAUGAGAGAAGGAGGUGGAAACCAAAACUAACUUAAAAUGCACUUGGGCUCAAGUAGAAAUCUCACCACAAAUCCAGAAAUGUUAACUUCAGCACCUCUCAUAAAGUGGACCUCACAGUCCCGCAUAGAGAAAAAAAAACUUUACCAGCUACUUUAUCACUUGGUCACAAACUGGCUGCGACUCACAGUGCAAAAACAGAGGUGCUGCAGAGUCACACCUGUCACCUUCACCUGGAUCUGUGGGACCUGCUAAAGACGUCUGGACUGGGUCUGUGCUGGUACUGGCUGAGGCUGGACGUGGAUCCAGAGUUGUAACUAAACUUGUUUUUAAGUGAUGGACGAGGAGUGCCAUCAGGGGCACCUGCGUAUGAAUGCAUUUCCACAUGCAACACGGUUAUCUUUUCUGAGCUAAAGUUUAUAAACACUGUAACCCGUCUGCGUUUAUCAAACGUAAUAAAUAGUUUCAUUUUACUCAAAUAUUGUUCAGCCACAGUCUGGCAAGAAACCAAGACCCAAGAAGUGUAAGUCAACAACCCUUUUUGUAGUGAAGUGAAAAUAAAAAGAUGCAACAACUAAAAAUACUCGAGAAAAGUACAAAUAAAAAACUACUUAAGUACAGUAACUAACCCAAGCUAAUGACAUGGAGUCCGCUAAGACAACAACCCUUUUUAAAGUUGAUUAUGUGGAGCAGAUCACAGAGCGUAGGGCCUCUCACAUCUGGCAUCUGCCAGAAUUGCCAGAUGGCCAAUCCGGGCCUGACAAGCUUGGAGUAGUUCAACCUCAAGUUGAUAAAAAUGUUACUGUGUUAUGUUGCAGUGGGAGUUUACCUGAGUUUCCAGCACUUUGUAUGAUGCUCAUGAGCGGAUUUUCUCGCUCAUGAGGUCGAGCACGCAUACGAGCACAUACCUGGUUACAAUCUAAAAACCGCAACGGUAGAGGCGGCAGAAAACUAUAGUCCCUUUAAUCCACACAAAAACACCAACCAAUUGCAAGUUUGGUUUUAAGGAGGGCUGCGUUACAGGCUAUUCUGCUGCUGUUUUUGGCUUGACUGCUGCAAAGUGUGUUUACAAUUGAUUAUAAUUCUUUGGCACUGAGGAGCAGUAUAGGAAAGCGUGUGGCCAUAUUUAGUAAAGUAUUCUCCCUGGUGUUUCGGGAGAAUAAUGCAAUGGAAGGAUAGAGAUACAUAUUGAUAAAGUAGGUAAAUCUCUUAUCCAUGUUUAUUAUUAAUGCAUGUUUUCAUUGUAAUAUACAAAAACAUUGCUACUACACAGUCUUUAAAUAUUUCUGAUCUUCUGCGUGGUAUUUAUUGAGCUCAGGUUCUUCUUGUAUUAUAGUUGAGUGCUUGUGACGAUGUAUAACGUUUUUGUUAUAAUCAUUUGAGUGAAUGCAGUGGUACAUUUGAUGCAUUGUUUACUGACUAGUGAUCUUGCAAAACAUUGUCUUUGCAAGCAGCAGUCCUUGGUUGUGAGUAGUUUUUAAGAAACAGGUUUGCUUCUUCAAGCCUGAAAUGGAGUCACCUAUAAGUGGUGCUUCAAUGAUGAAGGUCGACAUUAAUCUGUCUCCUUGUCCCCCUCUGACUCAAAAUAACGCCACAAAUGAGUUUUGUUCAUCAAUGCCUCUAUUUUUGCCCUGUAAAAAUAAAUAUGACAACAGGGUUUGGUUUAUUCUUAUCAAUGUUGCUGUGGUGACAUUUGAUUAAGACAGUGGUUUACUUGUAACAUGGGUGGAUAUUAAAUUAGUUACUGAUUGACAUUCUAAAAAUAAGUAAAUUUCUUUCUAAACGACUGCUUGCGAGUGCACAUAUACACAAGAGGCCUUAUUUGAAGAUCCAGUGUGUAAUAUUUAGAUGGCUCUAUUGACAGAAAUGCAAUAUAAUAUUCAUAACAAUGUUUUCAGUGGUGUAUAAAGACCUUACAUAGUGAAGCUUUAUGUUUUUACUACCUUAGAAUGAGCAUUUAUAUCUACAUAUACCCUUACAUGGAAGUCGGCAUGUUGCAGCGUCAUGUUUCUGCAGUGUCAUGUUUCUGCAGUAGCCCAAAAAAACAAAAGAUAAGGAUUAGAAGAUGAAGUUGUAUUAGUAGUAGUAGUCAUCUGGGUUGUUAGAAGUAAGAAAAUAUGUUAAAAUUGGACAAAGUGAGGAUCACACAGUAUGCAUGUAAUGGUGAGGAUUACUUGUAACUCUGGAACCCAGGAGGAUUAAUUUGUUUCAAACUAUUUGUUCUUCCUUGAGAUCAGAUUUUGUGUAAACAGAAACAGUAUUAUGAACAUACCUUCCAUUGUAAUUUCUGGCCUUCUGUUGUUUGUGAAUAUAUAAUUUGCUUAUUCAUGCAGUGUUGUGUGUUAAUUUUGUUACAUGUUUUUUGCUCUCUCAAUUAAAGCACUUUGUCCAUCGUG